GUCCAAUGAGGAAAGCGAAGUACAGCCUCUUUUGUGUGGCCCGGGACUAUAACUGGAGCUGCAGGGCAGCACUGGGGAGUUGAGCAUAUAAGCACGGCAUCUCUGCCCUGGCAGAAGUUAAUUCGUUUUUGCUGCUUCAUCAUCAUGACUCUCCAGGCUGAUUUUGACAGUGCUGCAGAAGAUGUAAAACAAUUAAAAACGAGGCCAAGCGAUGAUGAGCUGAAGGAACUAUAUGGACUCUACAAACAGUCUACUGUUGGAGACAUUGAUACUGAGUGUCCAGGAAUGCUAGAUCUGAAAGCCAAAGCCAAAUGGGAAGCAUGGAACCUUAAAAAAGGUUUAUCAAAGGAGGACGCCAUGACUGCCUAUAUUUCUAAAGCAAGAGAGAUGAUAGAAAAAUAUGGGAUCUAAAAUACUCCACAGUAAUUCCCCUAAAUAAUUCAUUAACUUUUCAGUAGCUAAUGAACUAACUCUUUUGAGGAAAAAAAUACAAUACUAACAUUUUUGUGUUUAGUUUGACACUAAGAUUUACCAACAUGAGCUAUUUACCUACAAGGGAGUAUUUACACAUGCACUGUACUUCUUCAGACACUAACUGUACUUAUUUGAAAUAAAUUUUUACUUACAAGAUUUAUUUAGGGUUUUAAACACUCUUCUUUUUCCCUUUUUUUGAGAAGGCAGAAAGAUCAGAUUCCUCCUCCUAUCCAGCCAAAGUAAAUUCUGAAGACAAAACUACUUACCUGUCUUUUUUCCCCAAAAGAUGUAAUGGGAUACAGGGGGAUUUAAAAAGAAAGAAAAAGAAGAGUAGUUUUUAAGACAGCUGAGUCAGGCUAAUGAGGUCUCAAAGAGUACAGAUUUAAAGGAAACAUUAGUUACUUCCUGGAUCCAAUAAUGGAUAAAAAUAUUUGCACAAAUAUAUCUCCCUUCUGUUACAGUCAUAGAAAUGCUGGUAUAGAAAAACUAUGGUAAAGGCAGAGGGAAGCCACUGAAGCCCGACUUACUAAGUUUGCAAUGCUUUUAGCCUACCAUCCUCCCACCAGCCCCAAACUAACUACCACAGGGAAGCAAAUUAAUGUACUGGCUGUUUACUUUUAAGAAUCAGAAUUUUCCUAAGUAUUGUCAUAAAUUAUAUCUUGGAGAAACCUUUGGCUGUAGAAAUUCACCAAUAUUAAUACAUCAACUCUUAGCCCUACUGCUACAGAAAGUUGCUUACCUUGCCAUUGUGGUAGUUGAAAAGAUGUAUAGAAAAUAUUCCUUAUUAUUUACUGCUUUGGACUAAUCUUUGACCCCCUCCCAACAAAAUAAAGACAAAUACUCAGA